AUGCCGUCUUUCUCCCCCUCCAUCCCGGCCUUGACUAGCGGCGACUCCUCGUCGAUCUCAUCGUUCGAUACAAACAACACCAGCAGCGAAGUCGCCGGCUCAGCCCGAGAAAAUGACUUCGGAGGCCCGGUAGGAAGGGAACCGCAAUCACGGCAUCGUCAGCGUCAGCAGCAACAUCAACAUCAACGACAGCGCCAGAGUAUCGACAGAGAGAGGGUGGCCGUGACGGUCACGUCGAAUAUAUCAGGGCCAGCGGGGUCUCGAGGUAGUACUAGAGCAGUGCGGUCUGUGACAUCGGGAUCGCAUUCAUCUUCGGCGUGGAGUAUUGCUGCGCCAUCCAUAUCCUCCGCCGCACCGUCGUUGCCUGCCACCCAUAACGAGGAUAGAGAUGCAGAUAUAAAUGUCGAGGGAGAUGGAAAUGGAAAUGGACUAGGGCACGCAGCAGGUGGAGCUGCAGGGAUUCCGGAUCCUCGCAUCUACACUUGUCUCUUCCACAUGCUUGACUGCCACGAGUCCUUCGACGACGAGAAUAACUGGACCACCCACUUCGUGGACGGUGACCCGAAUCCUCUCUCCUCGCCGGUCCCAGGCGCAGACGAGGAGGAGCAGGAAGUAUCGGAGGACGAGGCAGAGAAGAGAAACGGAAACACCCUCAUCUCCCCCUCCUCCUCCCCCCGUCGAACCUCAAUCCGCCGCGUCGACUCAGGAACCGACGUCCGCCCCGACGGACCCUAUACCCGAAUCGACAACGAGAUAGAUCUCCAACCCCACCAAAGCACAGCCUGGCCCAAACUCCUCGACCACGUAGCUGCGCACUACCGCACCGGCCAAACGCUAGCAGGCAGCCGGGCCGAUUUCGAGUUAAUGCGAUAUCUGUACGGACGUCGUAUCAUCUCCGACGCCCAGUUCAAGGCUAUGCAGCUUGCGCCUGCGCCGUCGAGUCCAGCUUAUCAUGCUUCGCAGGAUGGGGUUAGGGCUAGUAUUGGGUCUUCGGAUGAACCGUAUUGUGCGCCUUAUAGUCGGAGGAGGGAGGAGAGGUUGAGGGGUCAGCAGAAGGGUCUGGGGUUGGUGCUAGUGUUGGGGUUGUUUGAGGGGUGUCUGUGGUUGAUGAAGUAA